CUCUCUCUCUCCCGCCCCCCCCAGGUGAUGAUCUAUGAGUUGGCGGAUCUGGUUCAGGGUUUCCUGACGGAGCACAACGCUCCUCCCUCGAGCUCGUUCCACGAGGAGAUGCUGAAGAACCAGCGCCGCCUGCAGGAACGACUCGCUCAGGAGGAGCAGCGUAAGAUCGACCAGCGCCGCAGACAGGAAGAGCAGACGCAAAACGAGAUCCUGGCCGAGAUCCAGCGACGAGAGGAGGAGCGGCGGGAGGAGAAGAGGAGGAAGGAGAUCGCCAAACUGGAGCGCUUGGAGAGUGUCGUCGCGGUGGAGCCGGCGUCAGAGACACACACGACACACACGACACACACGCCAUCCGGGUCGCCUGUGGAUCCCAGCGAAGCGAAGAAAGUGCUGACAAACCGACGCAGAACCACAUCAAGCAGCAGACACAGGCGAGACACGUGCGGUGAGGAGAGCCAGCGACAGCAGGAAGUGCUCCACUUCAGCAACAGUGUCCUCGGAGAGGUCAGAGUUCACCGGGGGAAGUGCAUCGGCGAGAGUGAGCGGCUGCGGCGGAGUGUGUAUUACGCCUUUAACUCCAGCACUGGAGACUUCUCCGUCGUGUACGAGUGGACCCUGCGCUGGAGCUCCGUCGGGAAGCUCUUCACCAGCCAGGAGCGGGAGAAGAUAGACAAGUGCAAGAAACAGAUCCACGGCGCCGAGAGCGAGCUGAACUCGCUGCUGAAGCUCAAGCACCCGAAUCUGGUGCACUAUCAGGCGCUGAGCUUCAGCGAGCGCGACGACGGCCUGGUAGUGGACCUGCUAGCCGAACACGUUCCCGGGUCGAGUCUGGCCCAGAAGCUCUCGAGUGGCUCUCCGGUGCCGGUGGAUCAGCUCCGGCGGCACGCGCUCCAGCUAGCGGCUGCGCUCGAGUAUCUGCACAGCAACUCGGUGGUCCACAAGCACCUGAACCCGUCCUGUGUUCUGCUGGACGCUCACGGGGACGUCCGGCUCGCCGACUACAGUCUGGCCAAACGCCUCGCCGACGUGUGUGACGCCGACGUCUUCCAGCAGGGGCGCGUGCGCUUCUGUGACGAGGCGGUGCCCACGCGCGCCGGGAAGAAAGGAGACGUGUGGGGUUUCGGGCUGCUAAUGCUAGCGCUCGCGCAGGGUCGCGAGGUCGAGGAGUAUCCCGUCACGGUGCCGGAGACGCUGCCCGCGGACCUGCACGACUUCCUCAACAGGUGUGUGUGUCUUAAUGACGCUGAUCGCUGGCACGCUCACCAGCUUCUGGAUCAUCCGUUCCUGAGACCUCCGUCACCCAGGAGUGUGUUGCCGUGUCACGAGUCCAGUCCAGAGGACACAGGCGUUGACUUCGCGUCCACGGUGGUCCCGCGCAGUCUCCUCCUCAGCGCCCCCUUCAGUACGGAGGAGCAGAAGCAGUUCUCCAGAUACUACAAUGAGUUCUCCGAGCUGCAGAUGCUGGGCAAGGGAGCGUUCGGGGCCGUAAUCAAGGUCCAGAAUAAGCUGGACGGCUGUUAUUACGCGGUGAAGCGGAUCCAGGUGAACCCGGCUAGCAGGCAGUUCCGGCGGAUCAAGGGUGAGGUGACGCUGCUGUCGCGGCUCAACCACGAGAACAUCGUGCGCUACUAUAACGCGUGGAUCGAGCGGCACGAGACGGCGUGGACCGGAGCGCUGAGCAGCGACGACUCCGAGGCGAUCACCAGCCCGGAGAGACGCUCUCCGCCCGCGGCCCGAUCCCGCCGCAACGAGCUGGGGCUGACGGACAACAUCGAGGACGAGGCGCCGCCGCCGGCUCUCGCGAGCUCUGUGGAGUGGAGCACGUCGCUAGAGAGAUCGACCAGCACUAAGUGCAGCGCGGCCGACGGCGAGGAAGACGACGAUGAUGACGACGACGACGAUGAAGAAGAGGACGUGUUCUGCCUCUCAUUCCUCCCUCCCGACAGCGACUCUGAGAGCGACGUCAUCUUUGACAACGCUGACGUCAGCAGAGACAGUUUCCUACAGGAUCCCAGCAGUCGGAAAGCAGCGGAUCCGUCGGAGAGCUCGGACUCGGAGAAACCCCUCCUGAUAGCGCAUUACCUGUACAUCCAGAUGGAGUACUGUGAGAGGAGCACGCUGCGAGACACGAUCGAUCAGGGCUUGUAUCAGGACAUCAGUCGCCUCUGGAGGCUCUUCAGGGAGAUCCUGGACGGCCUCUCUUACAUCCAUGAGCAGGGGAUGAUCCACCGAGACCUGAAGCCCGUCAACAUCUUCCUGGACUCUCAGGAUCACGUGAAGAUCGGAGACUUCGGCCUGGCCACGGAUCACCCUGCUAAUGUGGCUGCAGGUAAACUGGAGGCGGAGGAACACAGCUCAGGGUUUGUCCCCAAACAAGAUCCAACAGAUAACAUGACUGGAAUGAUCGGCACGGCUCUUUACGUCGGUCCGGAGGUCCAGGGAAACACUAAAGCCACGUACAACCAGAAAGUGGAUCUGUUCAGCCUGGGCAUCAUCUUGUUCGAGAUGUCCUACAGACCCAUGACCACCGCGUCAGAACGCAUAUUUGUGCUCAGCCAACUCAGGAAAGAGUCGAUUAGUUUCCCUGAGGACUUUUCCGAGUAUGAGAGUGGGAAGCAGUGCACCAGGGUGAUCGUCUGGCUGCUGGUCCACGACCCGGCGCUGCGGCCGACGGCGCUGGAGCUCCUGAAGAGCGACCUCCUCCCGCCGCCUCAGAUGGAGGAGUCCGAGCUGCACGAGGUGCUCCAGCACACCAUGGCCAACGUCAGCGGGAAAGCCUACCGGACCAUGGUCAACCAGCUCUUCUCCCAGAACACCUCGCCCGUCAUGGACUUCACCUACGACAUCGACGUUCACAAGGGCAGCUUUCAUUUCAGCACUGCUAAACUCCAGCAAUACGUGUACGAGACGGUCACCCGGAUCUUCAGACGACACGGUGCGGUUCGCCUCCAGACGCCGCUGCUCUUGCCCAGGAACAGGCGUCUGUAUGAAGGCUGUGAGACGGCGUGCUUCAUGGAUCACAGUGGCAUGCUGGUGUCUCUGCCGUAUGAUCUGAGACUGGCGUUUGCCAGAUUCGUGGCUAGAAACAACAUUUCAAAUCUCAAAAGGUACAGUAUCGAGCGCGUUUACAGGCCGAGGAAGCUGGAUCGGGCUCAUCCCAGAGAACUGCUGGAGUGUGCGUUCGACAUCAUCAUUCCCAUCAGCACCAGUCUGAUGCCGGACGCAGAGGCCAUCUACACCGUCUCUGAGGUCAUACAGGAGUUCAGCGCGCUGCAGGACAGAAACUACACCGUUCACCUGAACCACACGAGUCUGCUGAAGGCCGUUCUGCUCCACAGCGGCGUUCCAGAAGACAAACUCACUCAGGCCUCCAACAUACUGUGUGACUCCAUGAGUGAGAAACUGACUAAGCGAGAAGUGGAAGCCAAGUUCUGCAACCUCUCCUUGUCCAGCAACAGCUUACAGACGCUGUAUAAGUUCAUCGAGCAGAAGGGAAGCUUGCAGGAUCUUCUUCCUCUCAUGAACUCACUCACAAAGCAGAAGAGUUCGGCUGUGGCUCAGAUGGCCAAGCAAGGCCUGAAGGAUCUGGAGGAGGUCCUGCACCUCCUGAACAAACUGGCUGUGAAACUGCAGGUGGUGGUGAAUCUGGGUUUGGUCUAUAAGGUCCAGCAUCACUGCGGGGUCAUCUUCCAGUUUGUGGCGUUCAUCAGGAAACGGAAACGCACCGUCCCGGAUAUCUUGGCGGCCGGCGGACGCUACGAUCAUCUGAUCAUGGAGUUUCACGGGCCGACGGUGUCGAGUCCGGUCCCGUCAGCGGUCGGCGCCAGCAUCGCUCUGGAUAAGAUCUGCUCUGCUGUGGCCAAUAUGGAGGAACCUCCUCCUGUGAGCUCCUGUGAUGUUCUGGUGGUUCCCGUGGGUCAGUCCUCCAUGAGCAGAGCCGUUAAUGUCAUUCAGAAACUCUGGGCGGCCGGAGUCUCGACAGACAUCGUCUACGAUGUGUCUCAGUCACAAGAAGCUCUUCUGGAACAUUGCAGACAAGCUGGAAUCACAUUCAUGGUCCUCGUGUCUGAUAAAGAAGGAAAUCACCUGAAGGUGAAGUCGUUUGAGAAAGACCGUCAGUCGGAGAAGAGAAUCCCCGAGGCGGAUCUGGUUGAUCACUUCAUCCAGAAGAGCCGGAUCAAACUCUCCGAGGAGAGGAACAGAGAGGUUUCAGAGAGCGUUUCUCUCCAGAAUCCCAAGGGAUCGUCUCUGGGAAACUCAGGUUUGUCCGAGUCCCACGGGAGCAACGCCGGCAUGUCCGUGAACGUGAACCUCGUGGCGCCGGAGAAAGUGUCCGCCAGCGCGAGACGGAGAUACGAGACGCAGAUUCAAUCGCGACUGCAGAAUCUGAGCAGCAAUUUACAGAACAAGAGCAGCGACAUCGAGGUGUUGGCUGUCGAUCUGUCCAAGGAAACACUCGUCAACUUCCUGUCCCUCGAGUUCGAGGGCGAGGAGCAGUUCAACAUCAGUGUGAAGACGCUUCUCUCUCGGCUGCCCAAACAGCGCUACCUCAAGAGCAUCUGUGAACAGAUCCACCACUUCAAAAUAUACAAACGGGUCGCUGUGGUCGUUCUGUACAGUUACAGAGACGAUUAUUAUAAGAUCCUCCUCUGA